AUGACUACUACCCGCCGUGGUCAUGUGUUUGGAACGUUCCUGACUUCAUGGGCAGCACUGGUUUUGUUGAUUGUCUCUUGUGCAACUAACGUAUGGAUUACUUCAGUGGUUGACUAUCCUCUCUUACCUCUACAGCGAAGCAAUGCAAAUUAUGGUCUUUUUAGGGGCACCUUUGAGAAAGCCGUUACUUCUGCAAAUAAAAUUAAUUUGGAUAUUAGAAUUGUGUGUGAUUUCGGAGAGAAUAUUUGUGCCUGGAGCUGCCAGAAGACCAGUGAAUAUCGUAAACAAGAGUUAGCGGACCUUCUGAAAAACAUUCCUCGCGAGUGUGUCCUAGAAUCUUUCAUCGGAUUAUCAGCUGGGACCAAUGGAACUCGCUUCGCUGGCUCUAACACGAGAGCCAUUUCUAAAGGUUGCCUCGACUUACUAUGUCUCAUCCUUUGGGGAGCCAAUUACGCUACUGUUCUUAAAGACAACAUCGCACUUAAUGAAGUUAUCAGUGGUAUUUGCAUUUCGAAGGACUUUGCGCAACUUGGCUGGUCCUACUGGUAA